UUUAAGGUUAUAUACGCAAAGCUAUGCUUAAGUUAUGUUUGACAAAGCACUUUGUACACUAAUUUACCAUAUUUUAGAAAGUAAUUAGUGUUAUAACAUUCAGAUUUAGUGAUUCAUGUGGUGAUAUUGAAAUGGAAUAUUAUAAAGGUGCCAACGAUUUAUAGUUAUGUGUUUUUAACGCACUGCAUCUGCAUGAUGUCUGACGAGCACACUCAUUUAAUCUUUGCACUAUCAUUAUGUUACUUUUAUCAUGAAUAAUCGAUUAAAAUUAACACGACAGGCAUCAACAGGAAAGCCUCUUAAUUCAUCAGCAUCUUCACUGUCUGUUCGGUUUGAUGUUACAACAGAACAAAUUGAAGAGACAUACUUUAGUGAUGAAGAUAAAAUAGACAUUGAUAAACAGUCUGCCAGCAGUGUGCAUGAUGAUUUUGACACAGUUGCUGGCAGUUCAAAGCUUUUAUACUUGCCAAGACUUUCUAAAAGAUCUACCAGUAUAGACACUGCUGCAUUAACUUAUCAAGAUUCUUCUCCUCCCUCUGAUCCUUGGAAGUUUUUGGCUGACAUUAAAGGUAAAAUAACAAAAAGUGUAGAGGACAAACUAACUGAAAUAAAAUCCAGACAAGAAGAGGCAUCUCCUAAGAAAAACAAGCUUACCAAACACAAGGAAAAUUCGAGCUUUUCAGAUUCUGAAGACAUUUCGGAAAGUAGUAUUUCAAAAACUUGUGGUGUUUACUCUACAACUGAAGGUCCUGAAAUGUCAAGUGAAGAAGAUGAAGAGGCAGGAAGUAUGGAAAAGAAGAAGACAAAAUCGAGUUCUAAAAAGUUUAAAUUACUCAGAAAUAGGCGCAAAGUAAGAGAAGGCUAUGUUAAUAUAAAAGCUCUUAGAAAUAUUUAUGAAAUUGCUACUGGGUUACAAGCAGAUCAUUCAGAUGACAGUGAAGUUGAAAGUGCUGUAGAUGCUUUAGAAGAAAAUGAUUUACAUUCUAAGAGACAUAGCAGUGUGGAAAAGGAUUUAACUGUUAAUAGUGAUAAGGAAAAAAAUGACAAUGAUCAAGUAUCUGAUACAAAUGUAAGGGCAUCCUCCUUGAAAGAUCAAACGGAAAAUGUUUUAUUUAAACUGACUGAAAAAAUUGAAAAUAUAACUGUCGAUCUUACAGAUGACACUGUAUGUAUUAAUGAAGUUACAGGUGUUGAGAUAUCUUCUGAAAAAGAUUGUAAAACUGUUAAGACCUAUUUUGCUCCAAAAGGAUUUGUGGAUAUGAGGCCUUCUCCUGGAGAUGUUGAAGAUUCAAUUUUUGGGAACAAAUUUCUUAUUAAUACUGCAUAUUUAGUUGCCCUUUUCUCUAUUUUCAUAUGUUUAUGGGCAUUUUUACCUUCCUCCUUCGUGGGUUUUCUUGGGGGUGUGAUAGUUACCUUUUCUGUGAUCAUUAUUAUUAAUAUGUUAACUGGGAAAUCCACCUUGGAAAUUGUUUUUGAAUCUCAAAACAACAAGUGUCAGGUUCAAAUGUUUGACUACAAACCAAGUUUAGAAGUUCCUGUUAUCAAAGAAUACAAGCCAUUAACGAAAUUUGAGGGCUGGAUGAACGAGUUUCCUGACAAAUAUGACCCACACACCUAUCAUAUAUCAAACACCCAGUCUGUUUAUGUGAAAUUGCAAGGAAAUUUUUUGAGAUUGAGCCAUACACGAGCUAAAAUACCCAAAAGAAAUCUCUGGAAUCAGCCAAGGUUUAAACCUAGUUUCACGCAUCAUCGCAUUUAUAAUUUGUAUGGAUCUGCAAUUACUUUAGUUCCUGAAGGGCUGAAUAAAAAAAGACAUUGGAGUAAGAAAUAUCCCAUUUGUAUCACUUUGAAAGAAGAGCAAGUGAAGUAUUUAUAUCCCAACGAAAAUGAUGAGGAUGACAAAGACGAUGAAGGAAAAGGGAAAAAGUCAAAGAAAAAUGAAGAAGAUAAGAAAGGAAAAAAGGCCAAAAAGAAGAAGAGAAAAAGCCAACAUCAGAAACCUCAAAUUUUUAGUAAAUUAUUUGAGAAGGACGAUUUUGGUACAGGUGGUGUUUCAGAUCAGGAAUGCCAAACAAAUUCCGAGGACGACGAAGAAAAGAAGGAAACAUCUAGUGAUAUCUUAGAAAAAUCAAGCCAGCAAUCAAAGGAAGAUCCUUCAGAAAGCCAAAAUGAAUCUGAUGGUAUUGGUAGUUUUGGAGAUGAAUUGGAAGGAUGGGAAGUUUCGACAUCUUGUAAGGAUAAUCCAUCUGGAACAUGUCUUUAUCUUUUUGGACGUACUGGACGAGAGAAAGAAGACUGGUUUAGAAGAUUUAAGAAAGCUACUGAAUUAAAUCAGGAAAGGUAUUUGAAAGACUUAACUGAAAAUAACAACAGCAAAGGCGAUUUUCAAGAAACUGAAGCAGAAUUGGACUUCUCAAAAUAUAUGUCCAGAUAUCAGUUGAAUCGACAUCAUUCUGAUGAUCAACUACAAGCUUCAAGUGAUAAAUUAAAGACUUCUAAAGAAAAGCAAAAUAAAGACGAGGAUGAAGACGAAAAUAAAGAUAUUUCUUUCAUCUUUCCAUUAAACAAUAAUCUGUUAUGGUUCAAUGUACUUAUUGGUCGUAUGAUGUAUGACGUAUUAACUUAUGAUCAGGUGUCUGAAUCUUUAAAACUUUUUAUACAAAGAAAAUUGAGUGGUAUAAGGCUACCAUAUUUCAUUGAAGAACUUGCUCUGAAAGAUUUGUACUUAGGAAGCGAAGCUCCAGUUUUUCAACAAGUAAAAGAGCCCUACACUGACGAAAGAGGCUUAUGGAUAGACUUAGAUGUUUCUUACGAAGGCUGCUUUAGUAUGUAUGUUUAUACAAAAUUAAAUCUAAUGAAAUUAAAACAGCCCCCGUCAUCCAUAGAUAAACAGUAUGAGAAAGAAUGUUCAGCUAUUUAUAAUUCUGAAAUAGAAGAUUCUGCAGAGACCAGUUCAGACGAUGAUUCAGUUUAUUUAAUGAGUCAAGAUCAAAAUUCAAGCAUAGAAUAUUCCUCAACUCCAACAGGGACGAGUGGAUCUUCUGGGAAUACUGGCAAAAAAAUUAUGAAAAUGGUCGAUAAAAUUGCAGAGUCAAAGUUUUUCCAGAAAGCCACAGAAAAUAAAUAUGUCAAGAAAGCAAUGGAAGGUGUGUCAAAUACCGAUUUUGGUAUAAAGGUAGAGGUGAAACAUCUUUUUGGUGUUUUGGCUGUGAAUAUUCCCCCUCCACCAAGUGAUAGAUUGUGGUAUGGUUUUCGACCAGUUCCCACUUUAUCUUUGUCAGCCCAUCCCAUCGUGGGUGAAAAAAAUAUAACAUUUAUUCAUGUUAAGAACUGGAUUGAGAAGAAGCUUGUGCUUGAAUUUCAGAAAGUGUUGGUGAUACCGAAUAUGGAUGAUCUGUACUUACCUAUCCUGUCUCCACUUGUGACCAAUAAAUCAUAAAUACUAAUUUUUUUACAUAAAAAAUGUAUUUAUUUAUUGCAUUAUACCAAAAGUAUUUUUUAUGACUAAGGCCAAAGCAGCUCUUAAUUUAUAUUGCAUAUAUAAUCAAUAUUUCGUAGAUCAGCAACUAAAU